AUCUGCUCUGCCGACACCAAAGAAAAGGAAUAUAUCGGAAGCAAUGAAUAAGAGUAAUGUGAAAUCCAUCAGCAGCUCCCAUCUCAUCGAUGCAAAGCUCGAAGAGCAUCAGUUGUGUGGAUCCAUGCAGCACUGUCCCGGUUGCGGACACAAGCUUCAAGGAAAACCGGACUGGUUAGGUCUACCAGCAGGAGUGAAGUUUGAUCCGACAGAUCAAGAACUGAUACAACACCUCGAAGCAAAAGUGGAAGCCAGAGAAGACAUCAUCAUGUCUCACCCUUUGAUUGAUGAGUUCAUCCCAACGAUUGAAGGACAAGACGGGAUUUGUUACACACAUCCUGAGAAACUCCCAGGAGUGAGCAGAGAUGGAUUAAGCAGGCAUUUCUUCCAUAGACCACCAAAGGCUUACACAACCGGGACAAGAAAAAGAAGGAAAAUCCAAACCGAAUGCGAGUUGCAAGGUGGCGAAACGAGGUGGCAUAAAACCGGCAAGACAAGGCCUGUCAUGGUGACUGACAAACAAAAAGGGUGCAAGAAAAUCCUGGUUCUCUACACUAAUUUUGGAAAGAACCGAAAACCCGAAAAGACUAAUUGGGUCAUGCACCAAUAUCAUCUGGGUCAACACGAGGAAGAGAAGGAUGGAGAGCUUGUGGUGUCCAAGAUAUUUUAUCAGACUCAACCCAGGCAGUGCAACUGGUCGGAACGAACAAACAUCCACCUUGAUAGCCACCGCCGGAAUUGUUCUUCAAAGCAACAAUUAAUCAUCCCUCUCAGACACCAAGUCGCUUUGUCGAGCCUCGCCGGUGCCAUGGAUAUCCAACAUUUAAAACCUGAUCAUCUUCUCAGCUUCCACGAGGUGGGGAUUGGAGAAACUUCAGCUGCAAGGGAAACUCCGACUCAAGGCCAAGAGAAAGCGGUGCCAAAUCAGAUUAUCCAUGAUCAUCAUCAUCAGCCGCAGCAGAUUGCUACCACGGCGUUCCACAUUAGCAGGCCUUCGCAUCCCAUUUCCACUAUCAUCUCUCCGCCACCACCCCUCCACCACACUUCCAUCAUCCUCGAUGAUGAGGACUCCUUCCAUGUCUCCAGAAUAAUGCUUGAAAAUGAAAGUUUCCAGCAAAAUCAUAAACUUGGAGGAAGUUCAGUAACAGGUUUGGAAGAACUAAUAAUGGGUUGCACUUCAAGUGACAUCAAAGAACGAAGGAGUUGUCUUCAGAGGCAGCAGCUCUGGAGUGGCAACGAAGUUAUUCCCUCAGACUUACUAGUCUCCGUCGAGGGUGGUUUAUGCUCCACUAUGAUGAUCUUCUGCUCAGCCACAGACUCUGUCGGUGUCGAAGGUGCUUCUUCACCAACGUAA